AUGCAAGAUGUGGUCGAUGUCGACGGAAGCGACGACGAGUAUGCUCACAUGGACGAGAACCCGUUUGCGCUGGCGUACUCGCCGCCGUCGUCGCCACUCUUCAGCAGUGAUCUUUUCAACCGUCCGAUCCCGCAGUAUGCACCACCACGCGCACCGUCCUCACCGCCCGUCGCUGCACCGGCGGUCAGCGUCCAUCUCGACCACACCGCGCCCGUGACUUCCGUGCGAGGCCGCGCUCGGAAAGCCAAAGCCACUAAAUCCCCGGCCAAGCCGCGGAAGCCCAAGCCCCAAGUGCACGUGUACCUCGAAGAAUCGCUCUUUGACGCUGACGUGGGCGAAAAGAUGUAUACCGCGCUCGUCAACCACACAACCGCGAGCAAGCCGACGCCCUUUGGGUGCUACGUCACGGACGUCAACACCGUGCCCUUGGUCGUCCCCAAGAGCAUCAUGUGGCGCGAGGCAAGCACGGUGGUGCCGAUGGCCUGCGUCUACCUCUCUGCAGCCGACUUUCUACACGCGAUCGGUUCAGAGUACGGCCCCGUGUACGACCACAUUGUCAAGCUCCGGCAACAAGUGGCCGACCCGUACGCGCGCACGUUCUUGCUUGUGGAGGGGCUCGAGAAGGCUCUCGUCGCGCGCCAGCGCGCCCGGCAACGCCAGGGCCACGGAGCGCGACCGGUGACGUUCUCCGAUGUGCACAACGCCGUCGUUCACCUCUUUGUCAACUCGUUUUGCCACAUUCACUUUGCAGCGACGCCCGACGACAGCGCGGCGUACGUCUUGUCGCUGACCCGCGAAAUCGCCGCCUUGCCGUUGACGCCACCCAAUGACUUUUUGUCGCAUGUCCCGCGCCUCACGUCGGUGCGUGCGACGACCAAUGGCGAUACCUCCAACGAGCUUGCGAAUGCGUGGCUGCGAAUGCUCGAGAUGAUUCCAGGCAUGAGCCCGGAGAUGGCGCAGCGCCUCCUCGACUACUACCCGACGAUCGACUCACUCAUGACCGUGUACGUCAACCCGAACGUACCGGUGAAAGUCAAGGAGCUACUGCUGGCGGAAAAGCUCGUCGCCAACAGGGUGUUCAAGGUCCUCUCCAAGCGCAUUUACGCCAUCUUCACGUCGCCCAACCCGCGCACCAUCGCCUUAUAAGCACGCUAUACCUGGUACUACUGAUGCCUG